GAAUCAUCUCCUUGUGUCAUUCAUUCCUUUGCUUCCACCACUCCUCCUCCAUCAUCUGAUUCUCGAUCACCCCGCGAAGCAAUGCUCCCGACUUCUAUCUUCCUCGGUUGAAAGCUCAUUCCAAUGAUGUCGAGCCUCGUGCUGAGAUCCCCACUUCGAGUAGUCCGGUUUAACGACGGAUCUGUUAACGCCAGAACAGUGACGAACUUCCCCUGCGCACCGCCUCACACGCCUGGAGGAAAACCAUGACCAAGGGCUGCUAUACCUGUCGUCGCCGCCGUAUCGUGUGCGACAAUGGCCUACCCACUUGCCGCAAGUGUCGUGAUGCGGGGAAGGAAUGUUUGGGCUACCAGAAGCCCCUCGUCUGGGUCAAAGGAGGCGUUGCCAGCCGGGGUAAAAUGAUGGGUCGCAGCUACGAUGAUGUCGUGAAGACCACUUCCAAUCGCAGACGCGAGGCCGACUCCAACUCCUCGUCUCCUUCUUCAACGGACUCGCCUUGCCCGAUCGGCCCCGCACUUCCGCCAGACAUCAGCCGGUCUGAUCUGUCGCACGAAAUCAACGAUCUACCGGUAAUCAAUAUCGAAGCUCACGACCAUAGCCUGGCUUUACAGAGCGCGUUUCGCCCUCUCGACUACAUCCCCGCGCCCUGGGGCCUAGUGGAUCCGUUGUUCAAGGAUCUAGAUGGUCUGUCGAGACAAUACAUUGUCCAUUUCAAUGAGUACGCCACUGGCUGCCUGACUCUCUAUCCUCACGGCCAGAACCCGUACCGCGACUUAAUCCCUUUAGUCGGUGGCUCCUCUCUCCUCGCCCAUGUCCUUUCCGCCACGGGUGCUUUACACUACGCCAUUCUAGCUAACGAGGACUUCUCCCCCGGACCUUGGAACGCGGAGGGCGCAGCCACGGGAGCAUUGCUAUCGACCGAGGACCUAGAGGAAGCCGUGGUCGGGUCCCUGUCGCGCCGACCCGCGUCGAGAGUUUACGAGCAUUUUCUCGGAUUCAAACAGCGGGCGUUGCAGCAGCUCUCGCAAGACAUCCAGGAUCCCGUCAUGCGUCAUGACAACCGAACCCUAGCGGCGACCAUGCUAUUUGCGCUGAUGGAUGCAAUCGAGUCCGGCGACGGGGCGUGGAAAUACCACCUAGAAGGGGCCAAGAGACUGCUGAACGGCCGCGAACAAGGACACGACGACAACCGCGCAAAACCGCAAGGGCUCGUCUCCUGGCUAGACGACUUUGCCAUGGACGGCAUUCUCAUGAUCCAACUGAUGGGCUCCACGCUCGCGCGACCAGGCUCCCUGACGCGACCAUUCUACACCUCGAACAUGGGGCCCGCGGUGCUGGAGCGGCUCGAGAAGACCUCAUGGGUCGGCUGCCCAGGCUACCUCUUGGAAGUGAUCUUCCUGAUCCACGCCAGCCUAUACAUGGAGCACGACACGCACGACCACUCGCCAGAGUCCUCACCAUCACCAUCACCAUCAUCCCCAAGCCGCAACCUCCCAAGAAUGAUCUUCACCUCCCCACACCUCUCCGCCGACACCAACCCCUUACAAAACCCAGAAGCACUCCUCGCACACAUCCAAGCCUUCGACCCAACCGCCUGGGCCCAAUCAAUGCAAACCUUCCUCCACCUCCCCGACCUCUCAAUGCGCACGGCACUAGCAACAAUCUACCAAGCGGCCGUCUACCUCUACGCCAGCCGCGCGCUAUCCCGGCCGCGUCACAGCGCUCCCUCAACCUCCUCCUCCUCCUCUCCAAGAUCCCCGAAAACGAACUUCGGCCUCCCAUCCAACCACGCCACCAUCGCCAACCUACUCAUCCACCAGAUCGCCCUCAUCCCGAUCUCAGACCCGCACUUCAAAUGCCUGAUUUGGCCCACCUUCAUCGCCGGCGCCGAAUGCGCAGACCCCGCCCUCCGCCCGUUCCUGCUUGAGAAACUCCGUGUCCUGUACUAUGAUCUCACGAGCGUGAAUGUUCGCAAUGCGGCUUGGGUGUUGAGUUUGAUGUGGCGGAAGCGUGAUCAGAGGGUUGCGGAGCGGAGGCUGAGGCGGCAGCAACGGCAGCAGCAGCAGCACCACCACCACCAGCAGGGGAACAAAGAGUCAAGUGGCUGUGCACUUCUUCCAUCUCGCGCGGACCUUGGGAUUCACGAUGUAUAUACUGAUGACGCCCACGAUAAUGAUUCUUAUGAUGAUGAUGAUGUUGAUGAGGCCGAGGAGGAUGAGGAUGACGACGACGACGACGGGGAUUUCGAUUGGAUCCAAGAGCUGGAUGCCUCGCGGAUUGAUUGGUUGUUUAUUUAGUUUCUUCGCUGAGUACUUAUUACAGUACUACUGGGGCGUUGGACUGCGGAGGGAGGAAUCAGCGGACCUUGGAGUCGAGGCGGGAGUUUUGGGAUUGAUGAAUUAACGUUAUAGCGGAUACCUGGU